AUGGCAACCUUCUUCACGCUGCACGGCAGGUUUCGGCUGAUCGACCUGGUGUGGCAGUUGUCCACGGAUGUGGUCGCGGCCGCGGCGCCCGACCCCACCACGGGGUCCACGAGGUGGCAGCCCGUGAUGAACGUGCUGGGGAGGCUGCCUUACUUUGGCGUCGACGAGGGCAACGAGAGGUGGCCGACGUUUCUCAGCAAGGAGCUGGCGCAGGACCUCCUGGACACCCCGGUGUUCGAGGGUGGACGCGCCCGGGUUGCGGACCUGCGCACGUGCUGCCCAGCAGGCCCGGGGGCGAAGCUCGGUCUGAUGCUGCUGUUCAACCUGCCCAGGACGCCCACGCAGCGCCAGGCGAUUCCGUUGAUGCGCUCGCUGCUGGAGUCCGCGAGCGGGCCAGGCGGCUGGGCGCACGGGAACCCCUCGGAGCUGGAGCUGCAUGACAUCCAGUUCAUGCUCUGCGAGUUGCAGAAAUUCUUGACCUUCAACGCCAGGAACAGCCUCCGCUACUACAGGUGCGGUGCUCCCGCGCCCUCGGCGCUGCCUCGCCGUCGCGAGCUGGAGUCCCUGGAGGAGGCGCUGCUGCUCUUCGGCCCCGGCGCGCGCGCCGUGAGCGCGGAGGAGCUGCUCCAGCUGCACGGUUGCUGGCAGGGCCUCCCCGCGCAGGCGGCUGGCCCCAGCGAAGGCCUGCGGAGCGGGGACCGCGUGCGCCUCCGGGAGGCGGGCGGCGCGCGGCUGCUCGCGCUGGGCAGCGGCCGGCAGCUCCGGCCCGCGGCGUCGACGGCGGAGGCCGUGGCCGUGGUCCUGGAGCGCAGCGGCGGGCCCGGCCUGGCGCGCCCGGGGGACGAGGUCUUCCUGCGGGCCCCCGACGGCACGCACCUGGCGGCGCGCGCGCUCGCCGGCGGGCGCUGCGUGGUGGACGCCCCGCUCGCCAGCGGGCGCUACUGCGCCGAGCGGGCCUGGCGCCUGCAGGCGGCCGCGGGCGCUGCCGCGGGCGGCGGCUCUGGCGCCUCGGGCACCGCGGAGCAGGCCCUGGGGCUGCAGCCCUGCCGCGGCGAGCUCGCGGGCGGCACCCUGCAGUUCUCCCGCGACGGGCGGCUGGCGUGCGCCCCGCCGGCGCCGCGCGGUGGCGGGCAGCCCGUGGUGCUCGAGGCGGACCUGCGCGGGCACGAGGCGCUGGAGCGGGUGCGGCACGAGGUCUGGGAGGCCCUCCAGGAGGGGCUGCGCACGGGGCGGCUGGUGCAGGAUGCGGAGGGCGCGCUCGCCCUGGGCGACGCGGGAGGCGUGCGGCGCCGCCUCGUCGGGGCCGCCGGCUGA